AACCGAAGAUAUCCUGUAUUGGCGGAUGUCACGUAUUGAUUUCGUACGAAUCAGGGAGAAGGAAUUAGGCCUUUCCGAAAAUUCCCAAUCCUCAGGGUCUCGCCCGUUGAUCGCCGACGAAAUUGAUGCCGUGAAGAGUGAUAGGCAAACAGUACACGGUGACGCAAGACAGACCACGUCUAGUACAGAGUUUAACGAAGACGCAUAACGCUCCUCACGCGGCUGCAAGGUGGACUUAGUUGUCCGCCAUACUCGAUAAGAUCUUCCGAGCGCUCCUCGGGCAACCGCCUCGCGGAUGAUGCUGCCAUUUCCAGGAAGAGACUGCUAGCAACGCGACACGGCGUAAGCAGCGAAAACUCCGACAGUGUGGAUAGGCUGUGAGGACGUGAUCCAGUUGCCGACGUCUUCAAAAGGGACAAGCUGUGCUAGGCCUGAAUCAUGCAAGCUUAUAUUACGCAUGCCGAAUCUGUUCUCCCUUAUCUGCAGCGGCCUGUGCCGUACCGCAUCUGGGUAUCGAUCUCGGAGUGCCCGUCGGUUCGACGAACAUCGU